CAUUUUUUCAUUGCAUAGGAUCUCAGAUUUUGAUAUAAGAUAAAUAUGUUCGAAACAAGCUGCUGUCGUCUUUGUAUUAACAUCUGUAACGGUCAUAAAAGUCUCUUCGAUGCAGAUGACCAAAGAAGUGAAAUUUAUGAAUUAGCUGCAAAAUAUUUUACCACCGAAUUGCUGGAAAUGGAAUGGCUGAGACAUCUUAAAAAUAUAUGCUUGGAAUGUUGGAGGCACUUAGUGGAUUUUCAAAGCUUUCAACAAUCGGUGAUAUUGGCUCAGAAAUUGGCACUUUGUAAUAUACCUUCAGAGAAUAGAAAGAAUAAGCCAAAGUUGUUGGAAAUCACAAUAACAAAUGAUACUGCUGUCUUGAGCACUCCUCCGGAUCCUUCACUGAGUAAUGUGGCACAAAAUGAAUUAUCACAUUUAAGCUCUUCACAAUCUACAGGAAAUUUUGGUAUGGAUAAUGAUUUUCAGACCAGGAUUGUUGUGCCUUCUGCUUCUGCCAUCACAAACUCUGUUCACGAUUCUGACAUUUUGGUUGAGGAAAAUUUGACUGAAAACUCCCGCAAAAGCUCUUCACAAACUAUAGGAAAUGUUAAGGCGCUUGAAAAAGAUUAUAAUGAUGCCCGUGAUUCUGCCAUCGCUAGUUUUCUUCAAGCUUCUGAUAUGUUGCAUAAGGAAAAUACCCUACUGAAUACAGUACAAAACUCUAUAAUUUCCUCAGAAUCCGUUAGAAAUAUUGAAUCUACAAUAGAUGAUCUUAACAAUGACCGACAUCACCUUGUAAAAGAAGUUACCCCUGCUGCUGCUAUCACAAGUUCUAUUCAAAAUACCUUAGUUACAAUGUUGGUUAAAGAAAACUCUGCACUAGAAGAACAAUUGCGCUCAAGUUCUUCACAAUUAAUAAGAAAUACUAACUCAAAUGAAGAAACUUCUAAUGAUAUCGUAAUUCUAAAUGCGAAUGAUAUCCAACCAAACAGAAAUACUAUAUACCUAGUCAGUAACGCAGAUUGUAAUAGCCCAGUUCAGGAAAUAAUGUUAGGGUCAGAAAGUCAGCAUAAACAGACCAGUAAUUCUUGUGUGGGUAUGAAAAGUGCUUCAGCCCUAGACAGUAGCCAAGCAGCUGAUUCUAAUAGGCUAAGGACAGAAGAAUUAACUGAUUCAUCACAGCCCCAAGUUGAAAUGAAUGAGAGUGUGUUAUUAACACUUUCAUCUACUGUAUUCUCCAUAGAUGACAGUUCUUCAAGCCAAGAUUAUGAUAUUUUUGAAGAGGUUACAAGUCAUAGAGAAAAAGAAGCGAAUCCAAAUUCCAGCAUAAUAGAGACGCCAGAAGAAAAGCCCACUGGGCCAACUGAGACCCAUGCUUUUCUCAAUGAUAGCUUCUCAACUAUUUCAUCUUCAAUAUUUUCUAUGGAAGACAACUCUUUAAGUGAAGAAGACAUUGUAGAAAUUACUAAUCUACCACAUUUAGUACCUGAUAUAGUUUGCAAAGCUGAAAAGCUAGUUAUGCCAAACAGUUCCAUUGUGCUAAGUGAUGCAAUUUCGGAGAGCUCUGAGGAAGAUGGGGAAGUUUUAAGCGAAACCGAUGAUGAAGUCGUGGGUAUAUUUUCCUGUCUUGAUAAUUCGUGGAAAAGGGGACACAGCUACACCUCUAGUUGUUUAAAUCUAGAAAGAAACUUGAAAACCUUACAAAACAUUGAAAAAGAAUGGCAGCAGCUCGAUGAUCCUUUUGGAAGUUUAUUUCAGAAAAAUGUUUCACAAGAUGCAAAGUAUUCAGAGGAAUAUUCUAAAGCAAAAGGAUUGGAAGUUGUUAAUUUAUCUAAAGCGAAAAAAAUUGAUGUAAGAAAGAAAUCCCCAGAAACUCCAAUUGUAGAUGUAGAGAGUCAAUUCCAACCUUCGAGAUAUAAUAAAACCUAUUAUCGGCGUAGUGUGAAAGCCAAAAUAUCUUCUUCUUACAGAGAUUUAAAUGAUAAAUCUUCUUCCAAUGUUUGCCCUGAAUCUUCUAUAGCUUUGGCCUUUGAACAUUUCUUGACAAUUCCCGACUUUCUGCAACAACAAGCUGAGAGUGAUAAUUAUGUAAUACCUAAGGCAUCCUUACCCAUAUUAGCCACUAGUGUAGCUACUACAGCAAAAGAAAAUAAGAAAGUAAAAAAGUACUUGGCUACCCAAGUACAAGCCAAAAAGCCACAAAUUCUAGCAAUAAACCGUAAUAGAUAUCAGAAAACCUAUUCCGCACGUAGUUUGAAUACCAAGAGUUCUUUAAAAGAUUCAAGUGACAAAACUUCUUCAAAUGUUUGUUUCAACAAGAUAAAGGAGUGAAUUCUACACAAUAAGUAACCUUAACAAAGACAUCCUUAUCCAUCCACAUCAACUAUUACCUACCUUCAAAGAAAAAUUAACCAAAUCCUUAGGCACCCAAGUACUUGCUGAACAGCAACAACUUCAAGCAAAGAAAUGUAAGAAUUGAUGCUGAUUAAAAUGCCAAUCCGUCUUGGUUCAGAGAAAUAAAAGCUGAAUCCUGUUUGAAGGCUUACACUGAAGCUUUUUCAAUUAUGGCCCCCGUUUCUCAAGGCUACUUCCCAAGCUCCAGCAAAUAUAAAGCAUCAGAUCUUACAUAGGGAUAAACUGGAUGAUCCAUCAGGUAUCCUGACUUCCAGAGUCUUUUAAAGGUUUAAAGAAAAAUCAAAAUUAUUCGCUUAACUUACUUUCAAUAGUUGACAUAAAAAACAGACAACUUUUAACUUUAGUCGUUAGCAUUGGUCCAGUUUCACUAAAAACAAAAGAAAUGUCAAGUUUUAAGAGUUUCAGACCAAGAAAACCUGCAACCAAUCAGUGCAAGAUAAUUUAGGAGCCUAGAAAAUGGUAAAUGGCAAAAAAGCCUCAAGAGUCGAAGAAAUAGCAGAAAACAAGGUAAUCAUCAUAGUUAAGCGAAUGAUAUAUCCUGACGUUUUAUAAGUGAAGGUGAAGUAAAAUCUAUUAUUUGUUGUAUGUUGUUGUAGCAGUGUGUUGUACACCGAGGCGGCAGCCCUUGCCGAUGAAGGAUUCCAUCGGGUCAUUGCGGUACGUACAACGAGCUGCCAUGGGAUUGGUUAUUUGUUGUAUGUUUAAGUCAAUUUAUAGAGGUGGCAUGUUUAAAAAAGUAAAUGAACUAAAGCAUUAUGUUUAAGUUGUAAAAAAUCGAAUUAAGAAUAAAAAAUUUUAAUGUUUAAACUUAAAA